AGGGUGGCGGCGGGCCUGUCUCUUUAAGGUGCCCGAGGCUCGCGGGCGCUGCGUUGAGGGACGGCGCGGAGGCGCGGCCUGCCUCCCUCGCACAGCCCCGCGACUCACCCAGAGCUCGGCCGACCUGCGGGGGAACGAGGGCCAGGCGGCCUCGCGGCGCCGCGGCGCACGCUUCCUGGGAGUUGAUUGUCUCUGAAGAAACAUGAAGACACACUGUGUUGUUAUGCUUACUCUAGCCAUCCUGGUAUUCCUGACAUGGGUCCCUGUGUCACUGAGUUGUAACAAAGCACUCUGUGCUAGUGAUGUGAGCAAAUGCCUCAUUCAGGAGCUCUGCCAGUGCCGACCUGGAGAAGGAAAUUGUUCCUGCUGCAAGGAGUGUAUGUUGUGUCUUGGGACCCUUUGGGAUGAAUGCUGUGAUUGCGUUGGUAUGUGUAAUCCUCGAAACUAUAGUGACACACCUCCAACUUCAAAGAGCACUGUGGAAGAGCUUCAUGAGCCAAUCCCUUCUCUCUUCCGGGCUCUCACAGAAGGAGACACUCAGUUGAACUGGAACAUUGUUUCCUUCCCUGUCGCAGAAGAACUCUCACAUCAUGAGAAUCUGGUUUCAUUUUUAGAAACUGUGAACCAGCCACACCAUCAAAAUGUGUCUGUUCCUAGCAAUAAUGUUCACGCACCUUAUUCCAGUGACAAAGAACACAUGUGUACUGUGGUUUAUUUUGAUGACUGCAUGUCCAUACAUCAGUGUAAAAUAUCCUGUGAGUCCAUGGGAGCAUCCAAAUAUCGCUGGUUCCAUAACGCCUGCUGUGAGUGCAUUGGUCCAGAGUGCAUCGACUAUGGUAGUAAAACUGUCAAAUGUAUGAACUGCAUGUUUUAAAGGAGAAGAAUGCAAACCAAAGCAAUUUAGUCAACAAGAAAGAUAUAAAAAGCUAUUUGGUGAGGUCUACUGGUUGCACCAGAAUGCUAGCAGGUUAAGAAGAUAAAAAGAAUUUGGACUGAGUUAAAGUAUGACAAAUGCAGUAAUGUGUUAAAUUAUAACUGCUCUGGUUGAUUUUAUAGCCCACUGUCAGUAAGUCCCUUCCCCUAUAUACAUUUACAGCUUUGGUCGUAUGAGAAGCAAGUACACAGAGAAUUCCUUGAAAGAUCUGAGGUCUCUGACAUAAAGCCUGAUGUCAUUUUUUUCUAGCAUUCCAAAAGCCUUUGGUUUUGAAAGUGUUAGAGCAUGUUAACAUAAGUUAUGAUUUCUUCAUUUACUACUACUGGGACACUGAGUUUUUCCAGUUGUACGCUAGACUUCAUUCACUGUGCCUUGACUCGUUUAUCUCCUUUAUCUAGAUAUUCAAAUAUAUCACCCUGAGAACUCACAUAAAAAUCACCGUUAAAAGCUUAAUUUCAAACCUUGUAAUGUUCGUUUUAGAAAGUAAAUGCUUACUACAUUUUACAGUUUAGAACUUUUAUAUAGUAGAAUCCAUCCUGUAAUACACAUGUUGACAGAACUUUGGGGAAAGUUUCUCCUUCUCCUACACCCCCUUGCCCAAAGUACUGAGUAGGUAGUGAUAAAAGAAUUUUGAACAAGAAUUUCAAGGCACACCUGUAUCACUGCCUUAAAUAUUCUGCUAGGUAAAUAAUGAGAAAGUUAAAGCAUUUCUCUGACUUAGGGUACCAGCUUAAAGAGCCCUAGCAAUGGGAAAUGCCUGCCAAAUCAGAUGCUACUGAGAGCACUAGGGAAAUGGCUUGUCCCGUUGUACAGAGAUGGCAAGGCUGAAAGGAGAAGCCAUGCUGCUGGGUAGAGAGAACAAGCCCACUCAGCCUUAGCAUGGGCAGAGCCAUGUUCCCCAAUGAUGAGUGAUAGGGGAUAAAGAAGAAACUUAUGGGUAUGAGCAGGGAAGGUUGAAAGUGCUGGCAAUUCUUACGGGAAACAAAUCUAAAACUAUUUACAUUAAUUAUUUUAUUAUAUUGUAAUCUUUCCUUUAGGUUUCUGUCUGGAUUGAAUGUUCUUAUUAAACAAAUAUAAUCCUACAGUGGGAGGUUAAGAUUAUGAAAUGAAAAAGAUCUGUUCAAGAUGAUGUUAACUAUAGACUGUUUUGUUUUACAUGUUUCAAUAAUGAUAAAUACUGUGUACCCUUCAUCAUAAUAAAAUCCCAGUCUUCAAGCAUGAAUCUAAAACAUAAAUAUUUAUAUUACAGAGACUCUUAAUUUUACAAAAUUAUUAAUUUCUUCAGUACAUUAUGAAUUACAAGUAACUUGUAGGAAUAUCUUUUUAUAUGUCUAAAUAUUUUAGUACAUAAAAAUAGCUAAUGCUCUUAGACACUUUGUAUUCAUUAUAUGAAUAGUAGUUACAAGAUCAUAUGUAAUAUCAUGAUUAACUGUCAUAAAAUCUAAAGCCUUAAUACCUUUUCUGUUCUUUCAGACAACUCUAAUGAAUACUCAAGGUACUUUAGCCUUUUCAAAAACUUUUGGCCUUUCAAAAAAAAGCUAAAAUUUAGCUCUUGUAUGUAUAUUUAAAAUCGGAAAACAUUGGGAUAUCUUUUUCUUCCUUUUAUCUAGAAUGCCUCUGUUUAAAAGUGCCUUGAAAACAUUUUAGCUCCCCUUCCUCAUUAAUGCCUAUAAAGCUAAAGGUUUUCUUAAAACCUUUUAAACUUAAAAAAGAGAAAGUUUUAAAAGAAUCUGCAUCCAGCUUCUUCAUUUCCACUUCGCUAUUCUUCAAAGUAAUUUCAUACUUAUGAAUAAAGAAAUCGUUUUUUGUUUAUUGACAGCCUGCUUAAUGUUGCCUUAAAUAUGUCAACAAACGUUUUUUAACUGCAUUUAUCACCUUGAUUAGGCUCUCAUUAUUAAAUUUUCAAAUGUAAUAUCUCUUUUGCCCCUAUACUGGGAGGGUAAUUUCUUGAACCAUGUUGUAUUUGACCUGGUUUUCCUUAUAUCUUUUUCUCCCAAUAGAAAUUACCCCUAAAUGUAAUGGUAAAUUUUAUAUUCAAUUUUACUUAGUUUUUGUGGUUUAUGAUGGGGUUGAAAGACAGAGUUCACCUAAAAGAUUCCAUUUCCAGUUUAUAAUGUAUUUCAGGUUUUGAAUAACAAUGUUUUCCAAAUUAAAAAUACAACAUUUGAGAAAUCAGUAGCCCCACUAAAAUUUAGACCUUUUAUUACUAUUCUAAGUACAAUUCACUUCUAUAUUGAAGCUCUGGUAAAAAUUCUUUCUUUUUUUAAAUCAAAAAUUAGGUUGUUAACUUUUUUAUAACUAGGUAAAAAGAACUGAAAUAGUAGGUAUUAUAUAAGCCAUAUAUAAAAGGUUCUUUGCUCCUAAUUAGUUUUUUGUCCCUCCCCACCCCAAUUAGCAUCAAAUUAUUGCAAAAAUUGUACUCAAAAUAGUGGCACCAAAUCAAAUGAUAAUUCAAAUAAAGCAAGUCUUUGUUUACAUAGAAUGCUAUAAAGAGAGGCUUUCAUUUAGAAAAACUAUUUCUAAAGAUUCAGAAAACAAAAUUGGUAAGAUAUUAGAAUAUUGGAACAAUUAUUUAUAAAGCAGAGUAGCAUCAAAAUAGAGAAAAGAAACUAAGACCAAGUUUGUUUUUGUGAAAGCUUCUUUGAAGAUUUUAAAAAUCUAUUUUACAUUCCCCAGAGUCUAUGUUAAUUGUAUUUCACAUGAUCUACAACAUACAGAACUAUGUAUUUUUUCUUUGGUUGUCCCUAUAAGCAAAAGAGUAUUUUAAUAAAAAAUUGCAAUGA